AGUAUAGGUUGCAAAGUGAAAGUAACCAGGAAGAAUUCAGCUGAGGGUAGAAGAAGGUAUAUUGUGAUUUGAGGAAGUCUCUGAAAACUGCAAACAACAAGGGUAAAGAAUGGGUUUCGCAGAAGAUAAAUUAGCGGACUAUCUAAGAUCUAACAUUAGUAAUCUGGAACCUCUUGUUUUGGAAGAACUAUUACUGCACAUCACUUGUCUCACUCAAGCAACUCAGGAGAAACUUAGACAAAACUUGCAAAAUCAUGGCAAUACCAAUACUCUGUGGCAUUUCAUUGACCAUAUGCGAAGAAGACCUUUUUGGGUAGAUGAUUUGCUGAAAGCACUUCAAAAAUGCAAAUAUUAUGACCUUGCUAGUACAAUUAAAGAAGAAUACAACAAACAUCUACCUGGAGGAUCCCAAGGUUCACAGUCCCUCCCAUUUGUACCUCAGAAAUCACAAGCUCUCCCAUCUGCAUCUCAGAAUCCACAACCCCCCCCAUAUGUACCUCAGAAUCCACAACCUCCUCCAUAUAUACUUCAGAAUUCACAACUCCCCCCAUAUGUACCUCAGAAUCCACAACCCCUCCCAUAUGUACCUCAGAAUCCACAACCCCUCUUAUAUGUACCUCAGAAUUCACAAUCCCUCCCAUAUUUACCUCAGAAUUCACAACCCCUCCCAUAUGUACCUCAGAAUCCACAAAUCCCUCCAUCUGUAUCUCAGAAUGCACAACUCUUCCCAUAUGCAUCUCAGAAUCCAGAAUCUCCCCAAUUUGUACCUCAGAAUCAAUCAAACAUACCUGCAGGGAUUCCACCUUUGCACCCUCCAUUCUAUGCACAUCCUCAGCAGAAAGUCCCAUCAGCAGCUCAAACACCAGUUCCAAUUCAGCGCUACAACAAAGAAGACUGCAGCACUGACUCCAAGACCAAUCAUCAGUCUGAACAACAGCUCCUGGUACAAUCUAAGAAUCCAUUUAGUGAUUUACCACCUGCUCCUUCCCCUCUUAUUGAAUCUCCUCAAGUUUUAUCUACCACUCCAUUGGACAUUCAGAAAUUUGAAGACUAUAAGACUCCCAUCCCUGAAUCAUCUUCUCUUGAUAAAGCUGCUUGUCAAGAUAUUAAGGUGGUUGAACCUCCUACCAUGUCUUCCUUGAAUUCUGCUGCAAGAAAUCAAUCUGAAACCCUCAUAUCUGGGAUUGAGCAAAGCAGGGAGCAGUUGGUGUCGGAGGUUGCCAAACCUGUGAAGAAUAUUUCAGUUCCUUCUGAAGAAGCUCCUUCUACAAGGGAUUGUGAUGAACCUAGUCCCACUCCAUUACAGACUGCAGAAAAACGACCACUGAGCCAAACUCCUAGACAUGAAUUUAAAGAGGAAUUCGAAAAUACGCAGGUGACUGAAUCCCCUCAGCAGCGUUCCUAUGAUCCUUCUGACCCCUCUCGUUCUGAUACACGUGUGGAUGUAAAUAAACAAAACAUCAAGGAGGGGCGGCCUGUUUCUCAGGUGACGAACACACCUCAGCAAUGUUCCAAUGAUCCUCAUGAAAGAUCUCACUCUAGGAAAAGUGUGGGUGGGGCAGUACCAAUCGGCAAGCAGCCUUUUUCUCAGGUAUCUGAGGGUCGCCACCAGAGCAGUACAGUUUCUCAGUUUGUCAAUCGCUCUAACCCUGUCUCAAAUACAAGAGGACCUGAUUUUCGCAGGGUCGAAAUGUCUAAUACUGUAAAUCCACCAAGACCAGAGAACUGUCAUGACGAAGAUGAAAUCAAUUUCAGCAAGCCAGAUGUACUUAUGUCAAUGCAGCCUUUAUCUUUUGAUCGCCGUCUUGAAAUUAGUGAAUCUUUUGAUUCCCUAAGGAUAAGCGGUUUAAACAGUAAUAAUCAGCAUAAUCAGCCCAAUCUUGCUUCCAAUCCAGACAGAAGAACAAAUGAAGAAAGAAAAAAUAAAUUUCCAGUACAAAAACUCUCAACUGUUGCUGAAGGAUCUACUAGUAGUUCGUUGGCAUAUUCCAAUGGCAAAACACAUCCAGAAGAAAAUGAUUACAAUUUUGAAACUUCACCGCCUUCCAGAAAAUCAAAUACUAGUGAAGCAAGAAUGAAUGAUGGUGGGUGGGCGCAAGAACCUUUCCGACACGGUGCCCAAUUGGAUGAACCAUUAGAACCUGAAGAAGUCAGCUUACAUGACAGUGAUAUUAGAAGAUUUACGAUCCAUGUGCAAGAGAAGCCCAUGGUUAAUCUUACUGAGGGUAAUGAUAAAGCUCUGCACAACCGUAAUACUACAUAUAACGACCAAGAAAGGGGCAAAAAAGAAGAAGAAUGCAAUACUUCAUGGGAUAAUUUAACAUCAGCCCUUGUUGUUGUCAUUGUUUCUGUCACAGUGGUUCUCUUAUGGAAAGUUCUAAAAAAUAAGAGUCCAUAGAAAGUUUAACUUUUUGCACUAAAACCAUGUAGGAAACAUAUCACAGCCUACAAGAAAAUUGUGACUUCUUAUUUCCAUCUAAAGGGGAGGAGAGUCCACGGCUUCAUUCAUUACUUGUGGGAAUUAAGAACCUGGCCACCAGGAGGAGGCAAAGACACCACAGCCAAAGGCUUAAAUACCUCCCCCACUUCCCUCAUCCCCCAAUCAUUCUUUGCCUUUCGUCACAGGAGGUUGGCAGAGAAGUGUUGGAAGAUUCGGAGUAGUCUCUUAUGGAGGGUAGUACUCUUCGGAAUGGGACUGGAGUUUUAAGUAGUCCUGUCAGCCUCUCAGUGAGAGCUUGGGUGAAAGUUAGAGUCCGGAGAUGCAGGGAGAGUCUUUCUGCGAAACCAUCCCGACUCAUUUUAACAGCUCCAUAAGCAAUCAGCGUAGACGAGUUUCACUGCCUGCUUUCUACACUCAAGUCCAUGUCAGGAGCGAUGCUACUACACUGUCACACUUGAGAGGCCAUGUUCCUGUUCCACGGCAUAGAUUCUGGUAAGAUCGCUUCAUUUUUUAUAUACAUAAUGAUAACGCAGAAGACAGGGUCACAGUGUGAUACCUUUUAUCUUUAUAGAAUCGAGGGUUAAUAUCCCUGGUAGGGGGAUUAUUGAACAGGGAGGUUUAUACAUAAUAUUGUUUAUUGUGUCAUUGCUGCGAUAUGUGUGAGAUGAGGCUCUGGCAAUAGGUGGACUUUAGUUUCAAUUCCGGGAGUAUUUGCCCAGCAGAUUUGGCGCAUUUUCUUCCUAGUGCAGGGACGGUCCUGCGAGGCAUUCGUUCUGACUGGGUGUGGCCUAAUCGACUUCCUCUGCUUGCCCGGCGAUUGCAGGAGGCGUAACGGUUUCUGUGGUCCGGGUCAUAGGAGGUGGUGAGUGCCCCAGCCAUUGGUUAUAAAGGUGUCAUUUUAUAUAUAGUAUAUCUUGUCCGUAAUAAAGGCGCAAGAUAUGGAGGACUCUGACGCGUUAGAGGGUACUCCCUCUUUAACAAAGUCUAGUACUUGUGUUUAUUGUGAGGAGGUUCUGGUAAAUCCGCCUGCUCAACUAUGUACCACAUGCCUUGAUAAAGUUACGACAUCUAGAAAGAAUAGAAUGUCUAAUGCUACUGAGCCAUCCACCUCUGAGGGUUCUCCGUACAGUGAGGUGUGUUCCCUACAUUCAUCUCCAAUUACACAUGCAGCGCCCCAGGGCUCGACUAUUUCUCCUACAGGAGAGAUCAGUUGGCUGCCAAAUUUGGCGGAUCAACUGCAAACGGCAGUGUCUAAGGUGAUUAGUACUUUACCACGUUCUGCUAAGUACAAGCGUAAGGUAAAAUAUGGCAAUCCGGCCCAGGGGUCAUCUACUCCAAUGGAUAUUUCGGAAAGAUUAUCCGCUGAUGAGGACGACUCCGACUCUUCGGUGGAUGUUCCUUCUGGGUCGGAGUCCAUGUCAUUUAAAGCUCUGACCGCAGAGGAGCCUGACUUUAGGUUUAGGAUGGAAAAUUUGCGCUUGUGGCUGAAGCAUGUGCUUGCUACCCUAGAGGUUCCAGAGCCGAAAGUACCAGAGGAACCUUCGAUUCCUAAGUUUAAUAAAGUAAAUGAGCAUAGGGUGGUGCCUCAGACCUUCCCGGUUCCUGUUAAGAUGGCUAAAAUUAUUAAGAAUGAAUGGGACCGAUUAGGUUCUUCCUUUUGCACUACUUCUUCUUUUAAGCAGCUGUUCCCCAUCCUGAACUCUCAGCUCAAGCAAUGGGGGACUGUCCCUAAGGUGGAUGGUGUUAUCUCUAUGCUCGCGAAGUGGACGGCGAUUCCUCUUGAGGAUAGUUCGUCGUUUAAAGAGCCCAUGGAUAAAAAGUUAGAGAACAUGUUAAGAAAAAUGUUUCAACACACAGAGUUUGUUUUUCAGCCGGCAAUAUACAGCGGAUACCGGAGCUGAGACAUAUUGGUGCGAAGCUCUGUCUGACAUGAUCGAGAGGGAGACUCCCCUCAACAAGAUACAGGAGAGAAUUAACCAGCUCAGUCUUGGAAUAAGUCCAAGCAGAGCAAGAAGCCAGCCGAAACAAAGUCGGCAUGAAGGGGUGGCCCCCGACCGGUCCCCGGCCAAGUAAGGGGCAGAUUAUCUCUCUUCUCAGAAGCCUGGUUGCAGGAUGUUCAGGACCCUUGUGUUCUGGAGGUUGUCGCCCAAGGAUACAGGAUAGGGUUCAGAUCUCAUCUGCCCAGGGGCAAAUUCCUCCUGUCAAACCUAUCUUCCAGACCAGAAAAGAGAGAUGCCUUUCUAGAGUGUGUGAGGGAUCUCUCUUCCCUCUGAGUAAUUGUACCGGUACCCCCAGCAGAAAGGGGUCUAGGGUACUAUUCAAACCUUUUCAUGGUCCCAAAGAAGGAGGGCACGUUCCACCCAAUUCUGGACCUAAAAUGUUUAAACAAAUUUCUGGCUGUUCCAUCGUUAAAAAUGGAAACGAUCAGAUCUAUUCUGCCCCUAGUUCAAGAGGGUCAGUUCAUGACGACAAUAGACUUGAAGGAUGCCUACCUUCAUGUGCCAAUCAACAGGGACCACUUCAGGUUCCUGAGAUUUGCAUUCCUGGACCAACAUUUCCAGUUUGUGGUCCUUCCCUUUGGUCUGGCGAUGGCCUGAGAGUCUUCACAAAGGUUCUUGGGGCGCUACUUGAUGUGGCCAGAUCCAGAGGCAUUGCUGUGGCGCCUUAUCUGGACGACUUCCUAGUCCAGGCGCCGUUGUUCAGUCUCGCAGAGGAUCACUCGAGGGCUCUUCUUCUUUUACUCCAAUCCCAAAGUUGGAAGAUAAACUCAGGAAAGAGCUCCCUGAUUCCCACCAACAGGAUGGAGUUCCUGGGAAUGAUAAUAGAUUCUAUAUCCAUGAGGAUAUUUCUCACAGAUCAGCGACGCAGGAAGAGUGCGUCCAGUUGUCUUGCCCUUCAGUCCUCCUCCAGUCUCUUGGUGGCUCAGAGUAUGGAGGUGAUCGGGCUCAUGGUAUCCAGCAUCAAUGUCAUUCUAUUCGACAGGUUCCACCUCAGACUUCUUCAGUUAUGCAUGUUGAGACAGUGGAACGGCAAUCAUACAGACUUAUCCCAACAGAUUUCUUUGGACGAUCGGACGAGGGAAUCCCUCUCUUGGUGGAUCUGUCCAGAACAAUUGUCCCAAGGGACAUCCUUCCUGAGACCAUCCUUUAACUAUUCUGGAACUUUGCGUGAUCUACAAUGUUCUGAAGGCAUGGACUCUACUGGGGUCGUUCAGCUUCAUCAGAUUCCAGACAGACAACAUUACCUUGGUGGCUUACAUCAACCACCAGGGGGGAUGAGAAGCUCUCUGGCAAUGAGGGAGGUUUCUCGGAUAUUGGAAUUGGCAGAGUCCCACAACUGCUCACUCUCAGCAAUCCACAUUCCGAGUGUGGACAACUGGGAAGCAGAUUUCCUCAGCAGGCAAUCCUUCCAUCCGGGGGGAAUGGUCUCUCCAUCCCGAGGUGUUUGCGGGGAUUUAUCACAGAUGGGGGAUGCCAGAGAUAGACCUCAUGGCGUCCAGACUCAAUUGCAAUCUACUCAGAUACGGGUUGCAGUCCAGGGAUCCCCAGGCAGAGCUGAUAGAUGCUUUAGCGGUGCCUUGGGGGUUCAACCUAGUUUACAUUUUUCCACCAUUGCCACUUCUACCUCGUGUAGUGGCCCGCAUCAAGCAGGAGCAAGCUUUGACUAUUCUGAUUGCUCCGUUGUGGCUGCGGAGGUCGUGGUUUGCAGAUCUGGUGGGGAUGUUAUCUUCUCCUCCAUGGAGGUUACCCUGUUGCAGGGAUCUGUUGGUACAGGGUCCCUUUCUACAUCAAAAUCUAGAUUUUCUGUGGCUGACUGUGGAGAUUGAACACUUAGUCUUGGCCAAGAGAGUUUUUUCUGAGAGAGUGAUUGAUACACGGCUAGGAAGCCGGUCACUCGUCGCAUCUAUCAUAAGGUGUGGAGGACUUACUUGUCCUGGUGUGAGAAGCAUGGAUAUCCUUGGCACAAGGCUAAGGUAUCCAGGAUUCUGUCUUUUCUCCAGGAUGGUUUGGAAAAGGGACUUGCCACCAGUUCCUUGAAGAGACAGAUUUUGGCAUUAUCUGUUUUGUUGCAUAAAAGGCACGCUGAGCUUCCUGAUAGUCAGUUCUUUGUUCAGGCUCUGUCUAGAAUCAGGCCUGACAGUCCGCUCCUCCUUGGAGCUUGAACUUGGUUCUGAGGGUAUUGCAGAGGGUUCCGUUUGAACCUAUGCACUCUAUUGACAUUAAGAUUCUUUCCUGGAAGGUUCUCUUUCUGUUGGCUGUUGCAUUGGCUUGUAGAGGCUCUGAGUUGGCUGCCUUGCAAUAUGAGCCUCCUUAUUUGGUCUUUCACGCUGAUAAGGCUGUUCUGCACACUGGUUUGGGAUUUCCUCCCAAAGUUGUGUCUAACUGUAACAUCAAUUAGGAAAUAGUAGUUCCUUCUUUGUGUCCUAACCCCUCUUCUCCUAAGGAGAGGUUACAUAAUUUGGACGUGGUUCGAGCAUUGAAGUUUUAUCUUCAGGCUACAAAGGAUUUCAGACAAUCUACAUCUCUUUUUGUGGUGUAUGCAGGGAAGCGCAAGGGGCAGAAAGCCUCUUCUACUUUUUUGUCCUUUUGGUUAAGGAGCAUGAUUCGCUUAGCUUAUGAGACAGCGGGACAUAAGCCUCCUCAGAGGAUCACGGCUCAUUCGACUAGAGCUGUGGCUUCUUCUUGGGCCUUCAAGAAUGAGGCCUCUAUGGAGCAGAUUUGUAAGGUGGCUACCUGGUCCUCCUUACAUACCUUUACAAAGUUUUACAAAUUUGACGUUUUUGCUACAGCGGAAUCAGUUUUUGGGAGAAAGGUUUUACAGGCUGUGGUGCCCUCAGAUUAGGGUCCGCAUUUUUUGCCCUCCCGUUUUUUAUUCAGUGUCCUCUAGAGCUUGGGUAUUUGUUCCCACAAGUAAUGAAUGAAGCCGUGGACUCUCCUCCCCUUUAGAUGGAAAACAUAAAUUAUGCUUACCUGAUAAUUUUAUUUCCAUCGAAGGGAGGAGAGUCUACGGCUCCCGCCCGUUGCUCCUGUGGGUGGACCUACAUUAAGUUUUUGUUCUUCUGGCACCAUUUAUACCCUGAUAUUUCUCCUACUGUUCCUUGUUCCCUCAGCAGAAUGACUGGGGGAUGAGGGAAGUGGGGGAGGUAUGGUAUUUAAGCCUUCGGCUGGGGUGUCUUUGCCUCCUCCUAGUGGCCAGGUUCUAAAUGAAGCCGUGGACUCUCCUCCCCUCGAUGGAAAUAAAAUUAUCAGGUAAGCAUAAUUUAUGUUUUUAAAUAGCGUUGUUUGCCUGUAGAAACCACCACUUACAUUGAAAAUAUUAAUAAUAAACAUUAUCUGUAAAAAAAAAAUGUAAACAGGAUACGAUAACACUAAUUAAUGUCCUAGUGGGUGGCAGGUGAGAGAGAGAUUUUGUAUCUGAAAUAGCUGGCCCAUCCAUAAUUAGCAUUUCUUUACCUAUCUGUAUAGACAUAUAUAACAUUAGAAGGUCUGCUUUACUUGUAGACUCAGUCCAUUUUAUGGGUUUGUCCUUGAUAACAACAGGUGAUGGUUUUAAUGAGCAAAAUCAGCUAUUCCAAAUAAUAAUAAAAAUACUAUGGAAUAAUUUCAAAUACAUUUAAUACCUGCAGUAGGUAUAACAAGUCAUUUGGAACACAUUAAAAGAAAACAAAUGUAGUACAGGCAGUAUUGCUUUUUGGUUUUAUUUUGAAAACUGGUAAAAAGCCACUUUUAUCUUAUGCAAAUUAGACUUUUAUGGUUACACGCACAUACAAACACAGUGAAUACUUAAUUAGUUUAGAGGAUGUAUUAUUGCAAUGAGUAUACAUGAGAUGUUUACAGUGAAAAAGAUCUAUUCAGUAAAGUUACUAUGCGCUUUUAUAUACAUUUUUAUUACAUUGCUCUCUGGCAGUAAUAUUUCACACAACAGAAGGGGUGGUUCUAGUACAUAACAUUUAAGGUUACUGGUCCAAAAAGUUGUCACCACAAAUAAAGGAUGCAAGGUAUAGAUAAGGGGCUUACUCGUCUAAUAUUACAACCCCUAGAACUGCCACUGAACUCAGCUCCAUAAAAAAGAACAAUGUACGUGUAAAAGUAGAGCGUUUAAUUUAGAAAUAAGAGCACUAUAUGUAGCAAACAUUUGCUUUUGCUAAGUCUGAAGCCCCCCACCAAAAUCCUGGAACUCCUAGGAUGAAGCACUUAGAUGGGCUGCAUUGAUUAAAGGAUCAAGUGUUUAUGAGAAAUUAAUUUAUACGACAUAAAAAUGUAUUUUUAUACCUGAAAAAUGCUUAAAUAUUUAAAAUUUAGAAACCAAAAAAUUACUUGUGAACUACACUAGUCAUUAGAUGAAAUAUGUGAUAGUCAGCUCCAUGUUUUUAUAUAUGUGCAUAUAAGCCCAUUUCCUCUUUCCUUAUUCACACUUCAGCCCCCACAAUCUUGAGAGCCAGGCAGGUUGUUGCCAGGACAGCCAGUCUCUUCACAUUCUUUGGCAGUAAUACUAUCCAGUCAAUAACGUCCACUCACUGAUCUGAUUCAUAAUGUAAUGCUAGAGCCUCAUUAUCCAAAACCAAGCUGCUUGAGUCAAGGUAGAAACUAAAUGAAUACAAAAUAAGGCACACAAUCGUAUAAACAUCUUUUCAUAAAUAGGAGAAUGUCCCUUAAACAUAAAGACUGCCUAGCAGACUUUAAUUUGAGACACCAGCAGGUUGCGCUUUACCUCAUGAUUUAUGAUGAGAGAGUACAAUUUAACAAAAACUUUCAAAAUGUACUUCUAUUGUCACAUUUACUUUUUUUAGUAUUAUUUGCUAAAACUUAGCUUCUUUCAUUCAGAGCAUAUCUAGAGAAGCUGAGGAGUAUGCACAUGACGAGCACUAGAUGGCUGCUGUGUAUCGGCCUCAAGACAUGCACACUCCUGAGCUUACCUCAGUAUGUUCCAAUAAAGGGUAGCAAAAAAAGGAGGUAAAUUAAAUUGGAUUUUUUUCAUAAAGGAGUUGAGAGGGUACAAUCCAUUACUCCUGAGAAUUCACCUCCUGACCACUAGGAGGAGGCAAAGAUUCCUAAAACCCCAAGAAUACUUAAUCCCUCCCACCUCUCUAGUAUGUCAGUAUUAUUUUUGCCUCCUAGGAAGAAUGUGAAGAAAUGAGGUGCUCCAGAUUCAUUGUUGAGAGGGGUCCUGAGACCGAUUUAAGGCCCAUUUUUCCCCUCAGGGAGAAUUACAUCACCUGGCUACCAGGAGGAGGCAAAGACGCCCUACCAGAGCUUUAUAUAUAUAUAUAUAUAUAUAUAUAUAUAUAUGUGCUGCCUCAAUGAGGCAUAGAAUAUCACAUAGCCUCUGUUAUGUUCAUGUUGUUAUAGUUAAGAAAUCAUAUUUUUAUGCCAUUGUUUUCAAGGUUUCCCUGUGUUUGUUCUGUACUGCCAUCUACUGACACUUUUUGGUAAUGCUCCUGUUUUCCAGUAUCUUACCCCUGACCUUAUUAUGCAUUUCCUUUUUGUGUAUUGCUCCGCCCUUGUAGUUUUAUGAUGUUUUCCUGUGUCAUGGCUGCAGCUAACAGCCUCAUGUAACAAGCACUCAUGUUAAUACAUUGCAAGCUACGAUCAGUAUCAUCUUUUGACCGCAAAAUACUUUAACCAUUCAUUCAUCUGCUGUAUUCAUUAUCUGCUGUAACCUGAUAUUCAGAAUAAAGCAACUUUGUGGAUGAACAAGG